AUGACUUCCUCAGGAGCAGCAGCAGCAGCAGAGUUGUAUGGGGUGAAGGCUCAGCAGCAAACUCAACGUGCAGCAGAAGCUGCAGCAGAAACUGCAGCAGCAGCAGCAGCAGCAGCUUCCGCUGCUGCUGCUGCUGCUGCUGCUGCAGCAAUGAUUUCCUCAGGAGCAGCAGCAGCAGCAGACUCUGCUGCUGCUGCUGCUGCUGCUGCUGCUGCUAGGCUCCGCUGCUACAACUGCAAGAAGCUGCAGGAGUAUGAUGUCUCCGCUCUCUUCGUUGUUGCUGUGCUGCAGCAGUGCAGCAACUGCUUCAGCAGCAACUUUGUUCCUUUUGCUGCUGCUGCUGCUGCUGCUGCCUUUGUCCGCUGCUCUCUUUGUUUUAGUCUCUCGGUUGUUGUAAACCCUAAACCCCAAACCCUAAACCCUAAACACAAAACCCUAAACCCUAAACCCCAAAAUCCUCAGCAGCUGCAGCAGCAGAAUGAAACAAACACGGCAUCGCAGCAGCAGCAGCAGCAGCAGCAGCAGCAGAAACAGCAGCAGCAGCAGCAGCAGCAGCAGCAGCCGGUAGAAGCCCAAGGUGCUGCUGAUGGCGCGCAAGCGACACCACCAACAGCAGCAGCAGCAGCAGCAGCACCAACAGCAGCAACAGCAGAAGCAGCAGCAACAGCAGCAGCAGCAGCAGCAGCAGCAGCAAAAGCAAAGGCACACAUAAAGCCUGUCGCUCCUCCGCCUAAGCCGCGUAUAUAUUGCUGCGAGACAGUGAAUUGCGUCCAAGGCGGCCAGAGAGGGUUUGGGGGGAAGGUGGCAGCAACAGCAGCAGCAGCAACAGCAGCAGCAGCAACAGCAGCAGCAGCAACAGCAGCAGCAGCAGCCCCUAUAACCAAGCAGACUCUACAGCUGCCGCCUCCAGCAGCAGCAGCAGCAGCAACAGCAGCAGCAGCAGCAGCAGCAGCAGCACGGAACUGCCAGCUAAGCCGUGAAGAGCUGCAGCAGCGGCUGCUGCUGUCGCCGCGGGCGGAUGUAAACCUCAAAGAGCUCGCAAUACCCAAGCAGCAGCAGCAGCAGCAGCAGCAGCAGCAGCAGCAGCAGCAGCAGCAGCAGCAGCAGCAGCAAGGGAGAGCAGCAAGAAGAAGACCUGUGGUGUUGAGGGGUUUCGUCCCCGUGAAGCUAAAACCAAUUGCUAGGCAAAAGAAACACAAAAAAUUUCGUCCCCGUGAAGCUAAAACCAAUUGCUAG